AUGGGCAGGCCAACUCCCAUUCCCGAUCUGAAGCCAGAAGAUGGCAUCUCGCUCGAGGACCGCUCCGAUGAAGCCGCGGCCGUCCAGAAGAAAGGCGGCACCCAGACCGAUGGUGCAGAGAUGAGUCGCAUGGGGAAGUCGCAAGAGUUGCGUCGUAACUUCAAGCUAGUUGGUAUUGUUGGCUUCGUCACCAUCCUGCAAGCAACGUGGGAGAAUGUCUUGCUUGCGAAUUGUGGUGGCACGGCUGGUCUCAUUUGGUGCACCAUCGCAGUAUGGCUAUUCAUGCUUUGCAUGAUUGCUUCCCUCGCCGAGAUGGCAUCAAUGGCUCCAACUUCCGGUGGACAAUAUCAUUGGGUCUCUGAAUUCGCACCUCCCUCGUUGCAAAAGCCGCUCAGCUACGUCGUCGGAUGGUGCUGCUGUCUCGGCUGGAUUGCCGGCGUUCCAUCCUGCUGCAUCCAGCUAGGAGGCAUGGUCAACACGAUGAUCCUUUUGGUCAACCCCGAUGCCAAUGUGACGACUCAGUGGGAGGCGACAUUGCUCUUGUACGCUUUCCUUCUCCUUACGGUGGGCUUCAACAUUUUCUGCGCCGAACACCUGCCGCUAGCUGAAGGAAUCCUGCUAUUUGUCCACGUGUUCGGAUUCUUCGUCUUCUUGCUGGUAUUCUGGAUUAUGGGAGAGCAUGCUCCUGCCGAUCGCGUCUUCACUGAAUUUCACGACGGCGGGAACUGGGGCAGUAAGGGACUGUCUUGUCUUGUCGGGCUAGCAACUCCUGUGUGGUGCUUCAUUGGACCAGAUGCCGGUGCUCACAUGUCCGAGGAACUCAAGGACGCAUCGAAGCAGCUACCGAGGGCCAUGAUGUGGGCCACAGUUAUCAAUGGCGUUCUUGGCGUCACUAUGCUGAUCAGCUUCUGCUUCUGCAUCACGGACAUUGAAACAAUCGUCAAUGCCGACUCCGAUUUCCCCAUCAUUGACGUCCUCUUCAACGCUACGAAAUCUCGGGCUGCGACGUGCGUGCUCGGCUCGCUGCUGGUAGUGUUGCUGUUCUUCUCCACGGUAACCACUGUCGCUUCAGCCUCGCGUCAAGUAUGGGCCUUCAGCAGAGAUCAGGGCUUCCCAUUCUCGAACUGGAUUCGAUUCGUGCGGCCAACUUGGGAGAUUCCCGUCAAUGCCUUGCUCAUUGUACUAGGCGUGUCGGUGGUAAUCGCUGCUAUCAACUUUGGCUCCGACAUUGGCUUCAACGCCGUAGUUGGUGUCUCUAAUGCGGCACUCGGAUUCUCCUAUAUCAUCUCGGUCGGUUGCAUCCGACUGAAGCGACUACGUGGAGAGCCUCUGCUCCCAGCACGAUGGUCGCUAGGCAAGUGGGGUGGCCUCAUCAACGACAUCACGCUGGCCUUCCUGGCUGUCAUCUUCGUCUUCUCUUUCUUCCCCAACGCGCCGGUCAAGGGAGACCCACACUGGGCCGCAGAUUUCAACUACGCCAUUGUAAUCUUUGGUGCGACCUGCAUUCUUGCUCUGGCAUACUAUGUCCUCGGAGGUGCGAGCAGAUACAUUGCUCCGGUCUCGCUGGUCAAGCAAGACUAG